GAAAGAUACAAAAGUACAUUAAAAAACUCUCUUUGCGAACUCUGUCAGGUACUGUCAGUUUAUCUAAGCCUCUGUCGGUAGCAUAGCCUGUGUGGAGAACCAAUUACUAAGCCUUUUCUUAAAAAUGUCGAAUACUGGCAAGAUCAACUCUUCAUGUCCCUGCGGCACCACCGGCGGUGCACCAAUAGCACCGUCUCACCGUCCGCCCCCCGCUGGCUGUCAGCAGCAGGACUAUCAGCAAGCUCCGUCAUCCCAGACACCCGCCGGUUGCCAGCUGCCGCCACAACAAAUACCGCAGCGACCGCAAGUUGAAUGCUGCUGCGCCCAGAAUCGGGUCCGCAACGUCCGCCCGCAGCCCGCUAUCCAAGCUGAUGUUAUUCACUGCUGCCGCCCUCCCCCCGUGCAGGCGCCGCCGCCGGAUUGCCCACGAUGCAGCUGUCGCGACAACAUUCCGCCCCCGCAGCCAAAGCCAUGUACUUGCACUCCACUGCAGCCAAAGCCGCAGCCGUGCAAUACCACGCACGUCCACAUGCCCUGCCCCCAGAGUCAUCGAGGUGGUCCGGUGCCCUAUCAACGCCCAGUUCCGGCUUGCGCUCACUGCCGCUCUCAAAAUAAGGGCGCUAAGAAGAAGUGCGUUAUCCAGUGAGAGAUCGGAUCCCAGCAGGCGCUACCCGGCAGACAACACAGAUUACACAAACCAGAAACAGACGAAACAUGAAAGUUCUCCCAAAUUUUGGCCCUGCUAAAUUUUCAGUCCUUGCCUUUUUUUCUUCAUCGAAAUAAAAAUCAAUAGUGACUGCUAA